UGGGCGGAACUCGUUUCAGUUUGAACUGUGGGAAUUGUAUGCAAACGCUAGGUUUAGUUUUAAGCAGGUUAUAUUCCGGUCAAGUACCCCCACAUCUCCUAGCAACAGGAUCUGUCAACAGUAGAUAUGAGCCGUAAACACUACUAAGUCAGGACGCCUGAAAGGAUUUGGAAUGAAAGGGAAUGUAUAUUCACUGGAGUCCAUUAUCUUGCAGCAAUAUGCAUUCCAGACCUCAUACAAGGUUGAUCACCUCCCACAUUUCACAGCAAAACUCUAAACGAGGUGUGGCAGCUCGCUCACUGCUGUGUCAGCGCACACAAACUGGGCACACUAACCGCUGGCAGCUGACUGGCACUGUGGGCAGUGACCUGUUGGGGCAGGCACAGGUUCGGCGGGCAGAGGAGUUUGCACUUCAAUUAUCAGAUAGGAAAAUCAAAUCAGCUGACCCCAUGGCACUUCGCUGGCGUGAGGAUACCACUGGCAGCACACAAUCCCCUUUGCCACGACUGGUUCGCCCGCUGUCAGCCGGCCAACACAGCAGUGUCUGCAGUGAAGUCACAUGGCCUUCAAAGCUUGACACCCCAGAGAAGCAAUAUCACAAUCUCUCUCACAGAGUGGCCGGUAAAGCUAAACCAGACGCAGUGCUAGAGUGUCUGGGGGGCAAAUGGGAGUUACAUUGCCCUUUCCUGAAUAACUCUGACACAUUAUUUGAGCUGUAUACCAACUGCAAGAAGGAAAGAGUUGCUCAGCUUCAGGAGAGAGGAGUGAGUGCACAGAGCAGAAGAGCUGGAAGUUCUCUGUGCAGGUAUGGGAGAGGUCUGGUUUCUAGUAAGUGCAAUCUCAGUGGCCCACUGACUCUCCGCUUGCCUGUCAAAGAUUCCUCCAUCACUAGAGAGGCUCUGUCAUUUGUCCUGCGGACGCUCUAUGACCCCGAGGAACGGCCGGAUGAAUGGGGAGAGGGUGUGAUCUCUGCUGCAGUGUUACUGGGGAUGUCAGAUCUCUUCCAGAAAUGUCUUACAGAGAUGAUGACCAAUAUCUCAUCCUCCACUGUGUGUCGCUUUCAUGAGGUGUCCUGUAAGUUUAAAGAUACGGCCCUCCAGAGAGCGUGUGAGCAAUGGCUCGAGCUGUUCUUAGUGACCGAUCUCUCCUGUCAUGUAAACCUCAAAGACUUGCCCUUUGACCUCCUGCUCAAGACCUUGCAUAGUCCAAGAUUGUUUACACUUGGUGAGUAUGAUCUCUUGAGAGCGGUACUUUAUUGGCUUUACCUGCAGCUGAACCCCCUCAGAACAACCCUACCUGCACACAGCACCAUCAUCAACUUCUUCUCCAGGGAAACAGGCGUUUUCUUGGAACAGACUCACGGACAAAAAUACAUCACUAUAUUUCAAGCUCUUCGGCUGCAUGGCAUUACAGAAUGGCAGCAUCUGCAGGAGCUGCACAACAUCAGAGUGUUUCCUGAAGCCUGCUUAUUUCACAUCCUGUCCAAUCAUUAUCACAAUCUUUACAAGGGCGGUGACAUGACCGUGACUGACUUCUCCAAACAAGCAGUACGAUUCGGAAUGAUGGUUGAUGGGGAACAAGAGUGGUGUACUAAAACCAUCAACCUCUACGGCUUUUACUUUCUACUUAAAGCUGUUAACGUGGGUGAAUCAGAUACAUACAGCUUCUCCAUUGAGAGGUUGAGACACUGGGACCCUGCUCUGUCUCAGUCUUCUAUUGUGACGCGUCCGUUCUGUAUGAGGGCUGAUCGAUCAGUGUGCUAUCACAUCACAGUUCAAAGCUACUUCAACAGUGAGUUUCAGGAGCACAGCAGUGGAGCUGUCAAUCAAGAGUUUGGCUUAUGGAAGCGUUGCUGCAGGAGCAAGCCAUUCCAUGUUGAAGGACUUUCUCCACCCAUUCUGGUGACCUUUGCACUAGCAUUUCCAUUUUGAUGUUGCCUCAACCGUUAAAGACACUAUUUAUGAAAACAUUCCAAUAAAAUAUUCCAAAAAACUUCUAUAGCACAGUACAUUAUGUUCACUUGUGUACCUACUGUACAUUCCUAAAUCCUAAAAAUUCACAGUUUUAAUCAGUGCAUUAUUGCAUUGCCUGUCAAUGGCAUCAUGUCCCGUUAUUCUCAGUGUUUGUCUUUAUAUUCUUAAGCAACUUCAUUUUUAUAAGUUAC